AUGACGAGCUACGAGCUGACAGAAGAAUUCUGCUACAAGCACGGAUAUGAGAUUGUGACUUUUCCCUUGAACGUGCAAAUAAAGCUUGUUGGAUUCUUUUUAAGUAUUUCUUCUAUCCUUCCUCUCAUUUAUGCUCAGCAGAAGUAUGUUUAUCCCACCACAUUUCAUUGCAACAUCAAAAUCAUUCUCAUUGCUUACUUCUCCAACGCAACAUUUCAUGCAUCGAUCUUAUCGUUCUUUUUAGCCUAUCAGAGCAAGCUUGUUUAUGACAUGGAAAACUUCUGUGAUAUAUUUUUGUCCAAGAACUGGUAUAUAUUCGGUCAUCUUCUGAAUUUCUAUGCACUUGUCGUACAAUCUCUUUUGCAAAUAGCUGCCUGUAUAGAACGUGCAUUGGCUACCAUUCAUGCCGCAGAAUAUGAAAGAAAAAAUUCGAAAAUCGGAUUUUCGCUCACAUUACUAGCUGUGAUUCUCCCUGCUCCGAUAAUAGGCAUCCUGUACUGGAAUGAAUCCUUCAUUGAUCCUCAAAUAUCAGUUCUAGCCACACCACCUUCCUCAUAUAGAGGUGUUAACUGUGCCUUCCUCUUAUUCACAAUAUCUGCAGUUGGUUGCCUUGUCACACUUCAAUACAUCGCUUUUAUCAAUCGUCAGAGAACUUCAUGCUCUCGUUUUCGUCUUUCCAGUCAUUUUCAGUUGAAAGAAAACCUUGAUACAACUCAUUUCAUAACUGUUCUAAUGCUCCUCCAGAUCUGCAUUUUGACAAUUUUUGCUGUUGUCACGUUAAGUUUGAGGUUAAUGGAAAACUUGUUUCGAUCCAAAAUGCCUUUGUACUACACAUUGAAAUCAAGUGUUUUUCUUCUUCCUAUCUUCUUCAUAGCUUUACCAUUCCAAACUAUCUACAUGCUGAGUAAACGACGUAGAAAGAGUAAAGUUCAUUGUGCUCAACUUGUCGGAUUGAGCUCUAAAGGCAAACAAGGAAUUGAGAAUUAUAAUAAUAUCAUAUAUUCUAAAUGGUAG